CUACAGGAAACUGGCAUCUUAGAAUUCCAUCGAAGACUGGGACCGCACAAGACAGGCUAGCAAAGGCGAAGGAUGCAUCAUUCUCUUGACAUUAUAAGCUGUACAUGCAAAUAUAACAGCCGUCUGCUGACAGUCAGCUCGUCCUGCUCGACUUCCUGUGUCAGCCUCCCUCCUACCCCGCUCCGCAGCCCAUUUGUACACGUAGCUGAUUGGGAGACACUCAGCCUCCAGUUAUGUCCAGGUCCAGUCGUCGGUACAAGCCUCUGCAGCAGAGCAGCGGCUCUUUGCCCUUCUGUGACCGUGUUCGGAUGCCCCGGGCUCGCGUACUGCUUUUCGGUGUCCUCGGGGUUCUGGUGCUGACGGUGGUGCUGGGAGUGUACCUGUCCAGCGACGCCGUUAGUGGACAGGUGAACCGCGGGCAAGUCGCAGAUCGGACCAAAGACAGGUUGUACUACAAACCCAGUAAGUGCUCUUUAGCUCAGAUCCGCCGUCUGGCCUCUCAGGUGGACGGGACACGUCUGUGGGAGACUCACCUGAGGCCCAUCCUAAUAGAGAGACUCCCAGGGUCACAAGGAAGCCUUGCUGUACAGCAGCACAUCACCUCUGUGCUCUCCUCGCUGUCUGCUGGUUGGUCCAUAGACCUAGACUCCUUCCGGUCUUCAACCCCUCGUGGCCAGGUCACCUUCACCAACAUCGUUGCCACUCUGGACCCUUCUGCCCCUCGGAGGCUGCUUCUGGCCUGCCACUAUGACUCCAAGGCCCUGCCCAAGAACCCCCAGGCUCCAGAGAGGGUGUUUCUGGGAGCCAGUGACUCUGCAGUGCCCUGUGCUAUAAUCCUGGAGCUUGCCACUUCUCUGGACGCCCAGCUUCGAUCAUUCAAACAGCAGAAACUUCCAGUGUCUCUUCAGCUUGUUUUUUUUGACGGUGAGGAGUCAUUUGGAGAAUGGACUGCUACAGACUCACUGUACGGCUCUCGUCACCUGGCCGAGCGCAUGGCCAGCACACCUCACCCUGCAGGCUACUCACAUGCUACCAUGAUCCAGGCUGUGGACCUGUUUUUGCUCCUAGACCUGCUCGGCAGUCCUGAUCCACUGAUUGUGAAUCACUUUGAUAACACGGCACGCUGGUUUGACCGUCUGAUCGCUGCAGAGAAGAGACUCCAUCAACAGGGCCUUUUGAUGUCUCACUCCUCAGAGCAGUUGUAUUUUAGGAAGGAUGUGUACCUCGGACCUGUCCAGGACGACCACAUCCCCUUCCUUCACAGAGGUGUCCCUGUGCUACACGUCGUCGCCACCCCCUUCCCACACUUCUGGCACACAUUGGACGACACAGAGGAGAACAUGCACCGCCCCACUGUGGAGAACCUGACUAAGAUCAUGGCCGUGUUUUUGGCCGAGUACCUGGGCUUCUGAACACAAAGCACAUGUAUGUGUGGUGAAGGUCCACGCAGCUCUCACCUGAAGACCUCUGCUCACUUCUACCCUGGACUGGAAACAGCGUACUGUUUAGCACACCAGUUAUGAGGAAAGGUUAAGAGAUGACCCAGGUGAAAUGUACUGAACUGGGAUACCAGCAGAUUGUACCCGAGUCUGGUCCUUGCUGGACUGUCCAGUCUCCCUGGACUCUUGUCCAAAUAUCUGGGCAUGUGAAGUCUUAAUUAAAAUGUAAUUUGUGCUGGUUAAUGAGUAUGGUACUUGAGGAACAGCUGGGAAACGUUUUUCAAUUUAAAAGCCCUCUAAAUUAAAAGGCUUGCUUAAUUAAAAACAAAAAGCCUAGCCGUAUCAAUUAUUUAACCUGUGACAGACUGUUCCAGCACCUUCCACGGGGACAGUGGUGAAUGACAGUGAGGUCAUAUCAUUGAAUAAUUCUCUUUAGCUUCACCUGACUGAAGAGCCUGUCGCCUUACAACCUGCUGUUAUUAAUUUCUAGCUAUAUUAUAUGGCUCUUAUGGACAGUGUGUCAGUGUAAUUUAGUCAGUAGAGUUCUUUUACACCACGUGAAAGGUAGAGUAAAAAGUGUAAUCGACUUUUAUUUUUAGUCAGUAUCUUAUAGAAUUUGAUGCAAUUCUGGGAAAUCGAAAACACUGAAAAGGGUUUCUGCUAGAAAAAUUCUGUAACUUGUAGAUGUGGUACACGUGGGAACAUUUUACCAGCACAUUCUAUUUUAACUUCCCUUUAACAAGUUGAAGAACCGGAUUGUUAUAAAACGUGUUUAUACCAUGUGGGACGCCCAGUGCAGGGCUUUACAGCACAACUGUGAACUGGUUAUGAUGAUUUUAAUGAUAAAGCCUUAAGAUGCUUA